CUUCAUCGAGAAUGACGUAGUCCCAGACAAACUCCUGCUCAUGGCUGCUGGCGAGCUGCUUCCAGUUGUUAAUGAGCAUCUGGUAGCUCGUGACGACGAUGCCGUUCUUCCUCCGGACCCUCUCCAGGUUCCUGGUGCGCUCCAUCUUGCUGGCGCCGUGGAACUCCUUGACGCGCAGGCCAGGGGUCCAGCGCCCAAACUCGGCCAGCCAGCUGCUGACCAGGGUGGUGGGCAUGACGAGCAGGACGUGCCGGACCAGCUCGGAGUCAAACAUGCCCGAGAGGAAGGCGAUGACCUGGACGGUCUUACCCAGGCCCAUGUCAUCGGCCAGAAUGCCACCCGGCCUGCCCUCCCGGUGCAGGCGGUACAGGAAGGCAACACCCUCCCGCUGGUGCUGGAAGAGCUUCCCGUGCAUCUCCCCGUAGAGCAGCAGGCCGCUGCCGCACACGUCCACGAAGCCUUCCUCCUCUUCUUCCUCCUCCUCCUCCUCCUGCUGCUGCUGCUCCGCCGCGGCCAGCACCUCCUCCACUCGCCGGAUGCGGCCCUGCAGCUUCUCGCUGGGGCGGAUGGCGGCAGCCAGCCGGAACAACCUCAGCGCCUCCUCCAGCUCCCCGUCGCCCGCCGCCGCCUUCGCGCCGUCCACCAGCCUGCGGGAAACACCGUCAGGAUAGUUGUCCAUUCACAGGAGAAAGAAAACCCUGAUCCAGAUUAUAUUCCCAUCAACAGCCGCUUUAAAUGUGUGCAAGAGGCAGAAGAAACUCUGCUGAUUGAUAUAGCGACGAACACAGGCUGUAAGGUCCGGAUACAAGGUGACGAGUCAGCGGAGCGGCUCUUUGAAAUUCCUGAUGAGGAGCGUUGCUUAGGAUUCCUUUCAGAAGUGCAGAGCAUACAGGAAGCCCACCUGAAAGCUUCCCUUCCUGAGCCGAAGGACUCGGCCAUCUGGCAUCAGGUGGAGAAGAACCUCCCAGGUCUAUCACAGGCCUCUUCUUCGGGAGCUCUGGGGUUUGAGGAUGACUUCAACACUCUAAGCCUAGAAGAGAAAAGAAACCUGCAAAACCACCACACGGGAUCUCGCCGGGAACCCCCACCUCCUCCCGUGCCUCAAAGUAGGCAACUUCACCGAGAGAGAGAAGGUAUCUCGAGGGACCAGCCAAAAGUGACCAACACUAUGCGCAAAAUGUUUUUGCCCAGCACCCAGUCAGGACAAAGAGAAGGCCUCAUCAAACACGUGCUUGCCAAGAGAGAGAAGGCAUAUGUCAACCUUCACAACUUCAGAUUUUUUGUGGGAACGUGGAAUGUGAACGGGCAGUCUCCAGACAGCAGCUUGGAACCCUGGCUGGUGUGUGACGCAGAGCCUCCAGACUUCUACUGCAUUGGGUUCCAGGAGCUGGACCUCAGCACGGAGGCUUUUUUCUACUUUGAUUCUGCAAAGGAGCAGGAAUGGCUGGCUGCUGUGGAGAAGUCCCUGCACCCUCAGGCUAAGUAUAAGAAAGUGCAAAUGGUCCGUCUAGUUGGAAUGAUGUUGCUCAUAUUUGCGAAGAAGGAUCAGCUGGGCAAUAUCAGAGAGAUCAUGACGGAGUCUGUGGGCACGGGAAUCAUGGGAAAGAUGGGCAACAAGGGCGGCGUGGCGGUGAGGUUCGUGUUCCACAACACGACCUUCUGCGUUGUCAACUCCCACCUCGCUGCUCACGUGGAGGACUUCGAGCGGCGAAAUCAGGAUUAUAAGGAUAUCUGUGCUCGCAUGAGUUUCGUAACCCCUGAUGAUAGUCUACCUCAGCUCAACAUCAUGAAACACGAUGUUGUCAUCUGGCUAGGAGACUUGAACUACAGGCUUUGUCUCCCUGAUGCCAGUGAAGUGAAAAGUCUUAUCAGUAAGAAUGAGCUUCAGAAAUUGCUGACAUAUGACCAGCUGAAUAUUCAGCGCACUCAGAAGAAAGCAUUUGCGGAUUUCACCGAGGGAGAGGUUAAAUUCAUCCCCACAUAUAAAUACGACUCUAAAACAGAUCGCUGGGACUCCAGUGGCAAGUGUCGUGUGCCAGCGUGGUGCGACCGAAUCCUUUGGAGAGGAGGGAACAUAAAUCAGCUCCGGUACUGCAGUCAUAUGGACCUGAAGACUAGUGACCACAAGCCAGUCAGCGCGCUUUUCCGCAUUGGGGUAAAAGUUGUGGAUGAGCAGAGGUAUCGGAAGCUGUUUGAAGACAUCGUUCGCAUAAUGGACAGAAUGGAGAACGACUUUCUGCCUUCGCUGGAGCUGAGCAAGAGAGAGUUUGAGUUUGAGAAUGUGAAGUUCCGUCAGCUGCAGAAGCAGAAGUUCCAGAUCACCAAUAACGGGCAGGUCACCUGUCACUUCUCCUUCAUCCCAAAGCUCAACGAUAGCCACUACUGUAAGCCGUGGCUUCGGGCCGAGCCCUGUGAGGGUUACUUGGAGCCGGAUGAGAGCACAGACAUCUCCCUGGAUGUGUACGUCAGUAAGGACUCAGUAACCCUUCUGAACUCUGGCGAGGAUAAAAUUGAGGAUAUUCUUGUCCUUCACUUGGACCGAGGGAAGGACUAUUUCCUUACCAUCAGUGGGACCUACCUGCCCAGCUGCUUUGGCACCUCCCUGGAGGCCUUAUGCCGAAUGAGACGACCGAUCCGAGAAGUUCCAGUCACCAAGCUCAUUGACCUGGGAGAAGACAGCUUCUUAGAGAAGGAGAAAGCCGUUCUGCAGAUGGGCUCCCUGGACAGCGAGGAGGCGAGCGGGAUGCCGCUGCAGGUGCCGAAGGAGAUCUGGCUCUUGGUGGACCACUUGUUCAAGCAUGCCUGCCACCAGGAGGACCUGUUCCAGACUCCGGGCAUGCAAGAGGAGCUGGAGCAGAUCAUUGACUGCCUGGACACCAGUAUCCCCGAGACAAUCCCGGGCAGUAACCACUCUGUGGCUGAAGCACUCCUCAUCUUCCUGGAGGCUCUGCCGGAGCCCGUGAUCUGCUACGAGCUGUAUCAGCGGUGCCUCGACUGGUCGCACAGCAGCCGGCUGUGCCGACAGGUGAUUUUUCAGCUGCCUCGCUGCCAUCGCAGCGUGUUUCGGUACCUAAUGUCGUUCCUCCGAGAGCUGCUCAGAUACUCGGAAGACAACAACGUCAGCGUCGCCAUGAUCGCCGCCUUGUUCUCCAGCCUCCUCCUGCGCCCUCCACCCAAUCUGAUGGCAAAGCAGACUCAGCAGGACCGCCAGCGUGCCAUCAACUUCCUCUACAGCUUCCUCCUCGCCGGGGAUGAGGAGUGACUCCUGCCCGUGUGCCAAAGCUGAGGCCCCAGCCCUGCACCGGGCCGGGCCUCUGACAGCUCCCGCGGGGUGAAAGGCUCUGAGCUACGCCGGGGGCCGUGUUUACAGUCGGGAGGGACGUGCUCCCCUCUCCUUCCCGCCGCCGCACCCUCCGCUGCGGAGGACCUGCGCGCUCCUUGCACCGCCGCCCACGCCAGGAGCCCCCUGCUUUCUGCCGGGGAGCUGGGUGGAUCUGCUGACGGCCACGCGCUGUGCCAGCAGCCCGCUCAUCCCCUGGCAGUGUCGCCGGUUCCCUGAGUCAUGCUUCGCUCUCCUCACCCCCCCCGCUCCUCUCCCCGGAGCCCUUGCGGGGAAGGGUGGAGGCAGCCGGUGCUGGCGGGGGGCCGGGGUGCGCCCCGGGGCCGGCCCCGCGCUGGUGUUGGGCGCCCGUCACCCCCCGCAGCCGCCCCGGCGCUGUGUGCGUGGAAGCUGGGGCGCGGCUCCCCCAGGAAGGUUUAUCCGGACGUUUGGCCUCUCCCCUCCCGGCCCCCCAGGUCUCUCCCAGCCUUCCCCCCCCCCCCCCCGGGCCUUGCUGUCCUCUCCCUUCCCCUGCGCCCCAGCUUCCCUCGGGGACCUGGGGGGGGCAGGGGGUGAUGGAGGGGUGAGGCGGGCAGGGCCCGGCUCCUCUCUGCCCCCCAGCCCAGCGGGCAGAGCCACGGGGGGGGCUGCUGGAUGCUGUCCUCCCCCCUCCCCGAGGUGCUACGGGAGGGUGCAGGCUGGGGGGUGGGAAACGAGCCCCAACUCCACCUCGAGGAGCAGUGGGGAAGGGGGGGGGACACCCCCGGGGGUGCAGGAGGGAGGCCUGUCCCACUGAAACACUAAGCAGAGCCCUCCCUGCUGAGGGAGCCUUGGCUGUGGGGAGGGGGGGGCUGCAGUCCCAGAGCCCCCCCACGGGUGUCUGGCUGAGCUGCUGGGGGCUGCUUUUUUUUUUUUUUUUU